AACGCAGCUCAGAUUUGUGAAAGGGUGUGGUGUGAGAACCACAUUGUACAAUAUACAGGGCGAUUAGAUACACAGAUGGUGUAAUGCAGAUCCUCAGCUUUAAGAGCUUGGACCGGAUGUAAAUUCAACCUUGACUCUCUGCCAAAACAACAAAACGAAGAUCAUUUAAAAAAGAUUUAGAUAUUCCCAGUGAUGCAGUGAAUGACAACUAGAGCACAGGUACCUUUCAUAAUGCAAAGCUCAUUCGAAAUUUAACCAGUGAGAAAAAAACAUGAAGUGGAUAGCACACAUCGAAGGGGGCCCGAAACGAGUAAAUCAUGCGGCGGUUACAGUCGAUCACAAAAUCUACACGUUUGGAGGUUAUUGCACUGGUGAAAGUUCCAACGAGUACACCUCGAUCGACGUGCACAUUUUAAAUACUACAACAUUCCGGUGGACCAAACAUCCAGUGAGCGACUUGCCCUACUUUGAAAAUGACGACAUUGUUCCUUAUAAAAGGUACGGGCAUACCGCGGUCGUGUAUCAGGAUAAAAUUUAUAUCUGGGGUGGCCGCAAUGAUCACGAAUCUUGUGGGGAGCUGUUCUGUUUGGACACGAGGUAUCACUGCUGGACGGCUCCAGAAACGACGGGGGCCAUACCACCGGCACGUGACGGGCAUACAGCGUGUGUGUGGAGACAUUACAUGUACAUUUUUGGCGGAUUUGAAGAGGAAUCCGAUACAUUUGCGCGAUCGGUUCACAUACUCAAUUUGCAUACGAUGUGUUGGAAAUACGUUCAUAGUACAGGUCUGGAACCCGCAGUGAGAGACUUCCACUCCGCAGCCUGCAUAAACGAUCGAAUGUACAUAUUUGGAGGUCGAGGAACAGAAUUGCAUCACAGCUUGCACUUGCGCGAAAAGGAGGUGUACUGCAAUGAAUUGUGGUACCUGGAUCUUCAGACACAUACCUGGUGUAAGCCACAUACCACAGGCACUCAACCUAUAGGCCGACGUAGCCACUCAGCUUUUGUAUAUAACGGCAAAAUGUAUAUCUUCGGCGGCUAUAACGCACUGAAACUGCAACAUUACAAUGAUCUAUUCGAAUACGAUCCCAUCACUUCCGAAUGGACAUUAAUUAAACCGCAAGGUAACGGCCCGUGCAGCAGACGAAGACAAGCAUGCAUUGUCGUCAGCGACAGGGUGUUUCUUUUCGGCGGGACAAGCCCAAAACCGACACCACGGACGCAUGCACGGUUGCAUACUGUCGAAGAGAAACUAACGGAUCACAGUGACAUGUACAUUCUAGAUUUCAAACCGAGUUUGAAAACGUUGUGUAUUUCGGCGGUGCACGACUAUAAAUUAGAUUUUUCCAUUUUACCGCUGAGUCUUAAGACUGAAGUUGAAAAUAUGUUGGUACCUAAUAAGAUUGUUAUUAAUCGACCGAAUAAUUCUACAGGAUGAUGCAAGAAGGGGAGUUCGAAGUUGAUUCUAUGCUUUUGCUUCAUUUUAAAGGGUACUUCAGCAAAAUGUUCAAUUUGCAUACAGUGUGUUCAAAUUUUGUUUUGCAAAUGGUACUUGGAAUUAUUGUUUAAGUACUGAAAGAUUGUAUCCUUAUUAUUAUUAUAUAAUUAAAAUAUGUAUCUUGUAAUGUUAAUUCUAAGUGAAUUAUACCAUAUUCAAUUAGGAGA